UUUUGCUACAAAUGAUCCAACAAAAUUCAACUAUCCUCGAAACAAUUAUAUUAAUUUGGAAGUCUUAUAUCAAAAUAUGACCUUUGAAAAGUUAAAGAAACUCUUCUCGAACACGAAACGAAAUUUUGCCAGCCGAAAGUCCCUGAUUCUCAACAUAUUGCACACAGUUCACGCUAUUUCGCAACAAAAUACUGCUGCAGUUGCGAAUACGACAUCUAUAUGCACGAUAUUAGAUAUUUUAUUUAUGCCAGAAUAUAAUGCAGACCAGCGCAUUAUGAAAGAAGCGUUCACCAUAAUACCCGUUGUCCUUUUCACUAAAAUUGAAAAUAAUAGUAUACACGACGUGGAGAUCGUGAAUAAGACAUUACAAACAAUUCAAUUUUUAUCUUUAGAUUCAAAAAUAGAAUGUCGCGGAAUGAUUUUAUUACUCGAAACAAUGCAUAAAUUGCUUCGCAACAAAGUUAUGGGGGAAUAUAUAAUGCUUAGUAGAUUCGGAAAAGAAUGGGCUGACACUCUGAUAUUCAGAGCGUGUGAUCCACGUUGGGAUAUUCGUGAUUCUAUUCUAGAAUUUAUUAGUUUAUUAUUUAAUGAUUCGCCAAAUUUUGGUCGUGGGGUGGAUUUCGCCCUUAAUUAUCAUUUACCUAAGGUCGUGCUCGCAAAAAUUGAUGAUGAUCAACCUUAUGUUCGUGCUUCUUGCCUGAGAGCGAUUAAAGCCAUUGUUCGAUAUCCGAAAGGUUGGCUAUAUAUUGUGGCUGAAGAAAUGCAAAGGGAUAUCGCGUUAAAAUUACCUUCAAUGGUGAAAGAUUCUGAAGCUUUUGUGCGAAGAGCUGUGAUGGAAUUAAUGACUUGUCUAAUUGAUGAACGAGAAUGCGGUGCAAUUUUGUUGAAUGAUCGAAAUGCAGAUAUUAUGAGUCCUGAAGUGAUGGACAAAAUCAUGGACGAUCCAGAUUUUUAUGUUCGAAUUAAUGGGUGUAAGUUUCUGAUAUCCGUAUGGGAUCAUUGUGAACAAGAUCGAUUGAGUUAUGGACAAAAAAGGACGAAGCAUAAUAUAUAUUUGAGUGGUGGUAGUUUACUGAUAGGAAAAAACUCCUCUUGGUUUUAUUGGCUGGAUGGUGAUAAAUUACUUGUCAAGGCUGCCGAAGAUCCAAGCCGACUAGUUCGUGGUGAAGUACUUGUAAUUCUUAAAAGGCUUAAAUUGUAUCUUGAAGAGAUAGUUGCGACCCAAGAAUUGAAUUCGUCAUUUUCAUUACCAAAUAGUAUUGACGAUUCUCAACUUUCACAUAAAAGACUUUUUGAUCAACCAUCUUCAUUAAUGCAAAAACAUUUUAAUUUUUAUCAGAAUAUUUGUCUUAUUGAUUAUGAACGACUUGAAGCAACUAUUAAUGUUGAACAUUUGUACGAAGAAGCACUAGAUA